AUAACCUCUUUUUUUCUUGAAGUACGUGUUAUUACAGUACACGAAAUGAAAGGUACAAAAGCGAAAGGCUAACUGCAAUUUUAUAAUUUUGUUAUACUGCACUCGCUGUUAUAGCCUUGAUGUUAUUUUUUGAAUGAAAGUGUAAUCUCUGUGUUCUGCUUUUAAUUAUGGCCGAUUCACAACAAUUACUACUCCAGCAAAUUAAAGAACAAGGUGAACUAGUAAGAAAAUUGAAGGCUGCAAAGGAAUCGAGCGAAAAGGCCUGCGUGUCCAACAAAGGCAGUCCACGAAAUCAGUACGAUUUAGCUGAAAUCGACACCCAUUUUUCACAACACAGUUACAUUUGCGGCUAUACGCCUAGCAAUUGCGAUGUGAUACUUGCUAAAGACUUAGACAAAAUAGAUUUUCGAAAAUACAUAUAUAUCCGGAGGUGGUGGAACCAUAUGCGAAGUUUCAGCAUAGCUGAAGUAUCACAAUUCCCUAUUGUUCAACCUCCUGAUGUUAUGAACUCAAAACCAAAAGGCGUUACUUUAUCUAUUGAAGUACAGAUAAAGAAAGAGGUAGCAAAGCUAUUAGCCCUUAAAGCCCAGCUCGCUCCAGAAGAUGCUGCCCCACAGAAGUUCACCCUCAAAACGCCAAAGGGAACACGGGAUUACACUCCACAGCAAAUGACCAUAAGAAAUGAGGUUUUGCAGAAGAUAAUAACGGUUUUCAAGCGGCAUGGCGCUGAAUGUAUUGACACACCUGUUUUUGAAUUGAAGGAAGUAUUAACAGGCAAAUACGGCGAGGACUCCAAACUGAUCUACGACCUAAAAGACCAAGGGGGCGAGAUCCUCUCGCUGCGGUACGACCUGACAGUCCCGCUAGCGCGCUAUCUGGCUAUGAGCAAGAUAAACACGUUGAAACGCUACCACAUAGCGAAGGUCUACAGAAGAGACAAUCCGGCCAUGACUAGGGGGAGAUACAGGGAAUUCUAUCAAUGUGAUUUCGACAUCGCAGGCCAGUACGACCCGAUGGUGCCCGACGCGGAGUGCCUCCGAGUAGUCUCCGAGAUCCUGGACACGCUGGACAUAGGCCGUUACGUGCUGAAAGUGAACCACCGCCGGCUGCUCGACGGCAUGUUCGAGGCCUGCGGGGUCCCCGCCGACAACUUCCGCGCUACCUGCUCCACAGUCGACAAACUGGAUAAGUUGUCAUGGGAGGAAGUGCGAACGGAAAUGAUAAACGAGAAAGGCGUAACCCCGGAAGCGGCGGACAAAAUCGGCGAAUACGUCAGAUUGAACGGCGGCACCGAACUCGCCGACAAACUACUCAAAGACGAGAAACUGUCUAAAACUAAAGCGGCCGUCGAAGGCCUCGAAGGCAUCAAGCUCUUGCUGCACUAUUGUGAACUCUUUGGCAUUAAGGAUAAGAUCCUUUUCGACUUGAGUUUGGCGAGAGGGCUCGAUUACUACACUGGAGUUAUCUAUGAAGCUGUUUUAACUCAACCGUUCAAAGUCGGCAAUGAGGACCAGACCGUUGGAUCGAUCGCUGGUGGUGGACGAUACGAUAACCUCGUGGGAAUGUUCGAUUCUAAAAAUAAACAGGUGCCGUGCGUGGGCGUGAGCAUCGGCGUGGAGCGCGUGUUCUCGGUGCUGGAGGCGCGCGCGGCGGCGGCUGCGCGUCGCGUGCGCGGCGCCGACGUCGACGUGUACGUGGCCUCCGCGCAGAAGAACUUCCUCGACGAACGCAUGAAGAUCUGCGCCGAGCUCUGGAGCGCCGGCAUCAAGGCGGAGCAAUCAUAUAAAAAGAACCCAAAAAUGCUGACCCAACUGCAGCACUGCGAGGAGGCCGGCAUCCCGCUCGCCGUGGUGCUCGGCGACGACGAGCUGCAGCGCGGCGUCGUCACGCUGCGGGACGUCGCCGCGCGCCGCGAGAGCGAGGUGCCGCGCCACGCGCUGGUGGACGAGCUGCAGGCGAGGAUAGCCGCGCUAAACACUACCCUCAAUGGAAAUAAAUAAUCUUUCAUUUUUUUUGUUUGUAUGUCCUUUAAAUUUGAUUCUCAGUUUCAUUAAGGAAUCGUUUUGAAGUAUUAUCUACAUGGGUCUCGUGUGCCAAAAUGUUUACUGUAAAAUGUGACUAGCUCCCCGCUCGGUAAUUGUGCUCCAACAGUUAUAACAUAUGAAAACUAUAUCACAACCUCAUUACAACAUGAUAGUAAUCGUCUGCUUUAACUCGGCAUAUAUAUAUGUAUCUACAAUAAUCUAUAUCAACAUACCUACCUACCGCAAUAUAAUGAUAAAGUAAAUUUCGAAUCUUGGAGCAUAAUAGGCACAUUUUACGGUAACUUAUAUUUUAUGAUGCCUUUGUGCAAGUUAUCAUAUAGUUGAAUUAUCGAGAAGAUGGAAUUGCAUUUGUAGUGGUUGUAUGCUGAUAGUACAAGAAAAUAGAAAAUUCUAAUAUAGAAUGCCUGUAAACAAACAAUACUACUACAUAUGCAAUUCCACGCUCUCGAUGAUUCAACUAUACUUCCCUAACGAGCCUACUCCUAGACAACAUGUCAGAUUAUAAGUAUCUAGUUAACCUUUUACCAGGCUAAUCCCAUAUAUUUCUCACAAACGGCACAUGUGUUCUAUUUUCGAUGAGUAUGACAUUCGAUUGUCAUUUUUGAAAUGUCAGCCUGGUAAAGGGUUAAAUCAUGUUGAUGGAGUUGAGAAUCAGUUCUAAGAUUAGCUAGCGUGAUUUGUGUAGCGUGGUCGGAGGCUAAAGCAUUCGUCCUGAACUAGCAAAUAUGUAAACCAAUGGACAAAUGCAAUUGUGCCUUCGAUGCUAUACCUCUUGCGUUUAAUGAUGGUCUCUAUGACAGUAGUCUCUUGGGGUUGAGCAUUUUAAAGUAAUAAGAAGUGUAUACCGUAUUUUUAGCUAAUGAGAUAAAUUACCAAAAAAUGUCUACAAACGUUUUAUUCUGACAGCUCGUCCAUAUUAACUGCCAUAUAGGGACCAUCAUUCGACGCGAGAGGUAUAGUUUCUUUCAUGAAGACACCAAAAAGAAAAUUUAAUUAUUCGCUGUGAUAUCAUGAAAUUAAUGUGUUAAAACAUAUUCAAAUUUAAAUCCCUUUUUCAAAUGACUCGUCAAUAAAACAUCCCUUAAAUACAUGACUGGUAACACAGUGUAAAGUUUUCUUGAGGACUGAAUAAUGUUUUAUACGAUUUCUAUCGUUCGUUGGCAUAAUUUCUAUUCAUUGUUUCAAGUUUUUUUUCUAUAUCAAUAUAAACCGGGUAAUUCAAAACCCUCCAUUAUGCGUGGUCUGACUCGCUCUUGGCCGGUUUUUAUUUUAUCAUUUUGGGUACAAAAAAUCUAAAUACAUCUUUUAACAAGUGAAUGCGUAUCAUUUAUCCUACUUUCGAAAGCAUUUAAAAUACUUAUAAUAUUUAUUUUAGAAUGUAAGUUGUGCUAUGUGCAUUUUGGUUUUAAAUAUCUAAUAUCUAAAGCUGUAUGUUACUUAUUUCUGUUACCUAUCUAUUUUAUACAGGUCGUCUUGUCUUAACUCAAAUAGUUUAAGAAUGCUAAAAGUUACUAGAACCGCAAUAGUAUUUUGUAUAUGUGUGAAAUAAAUGAUACUGAUUUCAA